AUGGCGGGAGGAGUGGACUUGGAAGAAAAAGAAAAUGGAUUUGAUCUACCACGGAUCAAACCAGGGCCAGGCUCACUCGCUGCAGGAAGCCCUUACAUUGGGCUUGUAGACAAGUUUAACCUUGCACUCGACAUCAAACCCGCAACCAUCGAAAGGUAUCUACAGGAUGUAGUGGUUUCCACUAUAUCCUUGAACCAGAUGCCCUCUGGCCCUCUUUGGGUCAACGCUGACCCCGUCGAAGCACUAAUCGGUACAAACGUUUACAGAUUCAGCGAGCCGUGGCAGUUUUAUGCACCUAUGGGAGGGAGUGAAAAUCUUUCGAGAGAACUGAAAGAUGUUAAGCUCCGUUUCGGAAUGAAGGAGAUCAUGAGUGGUGCAGAAGUGGGUGAUGGGGGCGUGCUUGUGGCCGUACUCGGGGCAGAGUCCGAGAUCGAGAGAUUUCGAAGCUAA